AUGAUUAUCCCAGUUCGUUGUUUCACUUGUGGAAAGGUUAUUGGUAAUAAAUGGGAGACCUACUUGAAUUUGUUGAAUAGUGAAUAUACUGAAGGUGAUGCUUUGGAUGCUUUAAAUUUGAGUAGAUACUGUUGUAGACGUAUGUUGCUUACUCAUGUCGACCUUAUCGAAAAAUUACUCAACUAUACUCCAACCUCUGAAAAUAAUCAAGCAAGAAGAAGAUAG